GUGACUUCCCUUUGUAGCGAACGACCACAUGAAAAAAUGGCAAACAUUAGCAAGUCCGAUUUGUUAAAAGCGAUUAGAGAAAUUGUCAAAGGAAAUGAUCUCUCAUCUCUAUCUGCGAAGAAGGUCCGAAGAGCUCUGGAAUCUAGGUUUAAUGCCGAUUUCACUGACAGAAAGAAGGAAGUGGAUGCUGCAACAAUGGAGAUAGUAAAGGAGAUGACAGAAGCAGGCUCAGAUGUGGAUGAAAGUGAAAAUGAAAAGAAAGAGGAGGCCCAGAGCAAUGGAGCAAAAGAAUCAUCAGAUGAUAAUCUAUCAGAUGAUGAACCACCAGUCAAGAAAAUGAAACCAGAGAAAAAGAAAAGGGAGUCCAUUUCAUCUGCUGGGUCAGGGGAUGCCGGUGAAGAUGAUGAGGACAUUGCUCGUCGCCUGCAGGAAGAAGAGAACACCUCACGAAGACCCUCCCGAGCAGUUGCCAAAAAACCAAAGAAACCUAGGAAGAAGAAAGAGAAGGACCCAAAUGAUAAAAAACAAAAAAAGUCAAUUUACAGCAAACCUUGUUCAUUAUCUCCAGCCUUGGCAGAAGUCAUGGGUACAGAUCAGAUGGCAAGAAGUGAAGUUGUCAAGAAAAUGUGGGCCAUUAUUAAAGAGAGAAAUUUACAGGAUCCCAAGAAUAAACAGUUUCUCCUAUGUGAUGAUCAGCUAUUCAAUGUUUUCAAGAAAAAACGAGUGAAAACGUUUGGAAUGAUGAAAAUUCUUCGAAACCACAUAUUUGAUCUGCAAGAUUAAAUGCCUUGUCAUGCUCUGGAAUGUCAACAAUUUUUUCACGAGUUACACAACGUAUCUCCACUGGUGCAUUAGUACAAUUCUCUAGUCAGAGACUAGAACUGAACCAAUUGUGUGUGAAAGUGUGUUUGAAUGGAAGUACUUGUUAUUGCUACAUACCAUGUAUAAAAUACCAGAAUAGUGCAUUCCUGGCAACAACGUGAUAAACAGAUCAUUGUAUUUUGUGGGGAAAAAACUGAGAUCAUCAUUAUUACCAUGCUCAUUUUUUAUUUCUCUUCUAAAUUUUGUACAUUUUUUCUAUGAUGCUCAUUUUCAAAACAUAUGGAAUCCAUAUUAAUUUUUUUUUUGUUAUCAAACAUCUAAUAUUUUUUCAUUUCUUGGCAGUAUGUGUGAGUUCACUUUAUGAUUUGUAUAUUAAACUCAUGUUUAAUUUGAAUAUUUUUUGUAAAAAUUGUAAAAAAAAAUUUUCUAUAUUAUUUUUAAUAAUUCUUUUUUUUUUCUUCUUCUUUUUCAAAAAAUGUUACAUAUUAUAUUUUUUCCCAUAUUUUACUUAUUUUUACAGAUAACAUUGUAUGUUAAACAUUUUCAAGUUGUUUAAAAAAUACAUUUGUAUGCCAUCAAUAUCAUGUUAAAAGUUGAACUUUUUGCAAAUUGUUGUGUUCUGAAAAAUCCUUUUUUUUUUAACAUUUAUUGUAUUCAAGUUCCUUUAAGGUUAAACAUACUUUGAUAUAUAUGCUAUGCAUAAAACUGGCUUUCAGGGCCAUUAAAUUCAAAAUUCAGCAUCUCUCAAUUCAUUUAUUUCUAGCGUGAAUGACAUUUCCAUCAUCUGUUUUAAAUUUUCUGGACAUUUCUCAGCUAUGUGCCUACCUUUAUAUGCAUCUACAUAUAGAAUCCAAAUUUAAUUCAUUUAAUACAUAAGUAUAUCAAGAACCAUUCAUAUUAUAUCAUGUUUAAAAAAUGUUUUUAACUUGUAUAAGAAGAAAAUAAAUGUGUUUUAACUGAUAUAGGAGUUAAAAGAAAAACCUAUAAAAAUUGUUAUACAUUCGCUAUCAAAAUCUAGAUACAUUUCCAACCAUGGAUUCUCUUACUUGAACAUGUACUAUGUACACAUCUAUAAAACCAAAAUACGCUUUAGUGUUCAUGUUGGAAAAUUUUAUUGUACAUGUCAUUGAAAGGAAAAGUUUCAUGUCAUUGAAAGGAAAAGUUACAAGGUUUGAAAACUUUUGUUAUUCAUACAAAUGUAAUUGUAUUUUGAAAACUAUUUAAAGGCUCUUAUAGAAGCCAAAUUACAUUACGGUAUUGUCAUCCUGUAUGAAAAAUUUAUUUCAUAUCAUAUAAUACUAUGUACUCCAUUUUUUGACAGUGUUUAUACUUUUUUAAAGUUACAUGUUUAUGAAUAUUUCACAGAAAAAAGGUUUUAUUUCAAAUCCAGUCCACAUUGUUUCAAAUGAACAGAACUUAAAUGUCAAUAUAC